AUGCACACACUUGGCCCUUUUGCCCUACCAGGAUAUUUCCUCGCUCAAAUUCCAACUUCACAAGCUCAAAAACAAGCUCCUCCGCAACUUCCAUCAACUUCACAACCUUCUCCGGCCCACACUUCCACCCAAGCGAUUUCUCAAGCCCUAAUGCAGAAUCCACGAAAAAGGCCCAACGAAGGCCAGAAGCCUAGUCAAACAACUUGGACUCGAUUCGGUGAUUUGUGGUUUCUUGAAUGUGAACCUCCUGCAAAGAUGCCAACAACAACACCAUAUUGGAUAAAUAUGGCAAAACGAGCGGCGGAAAAUAACAAAAUGAAAUAUGCGAAUCACGAUGACAUUCUGUUCAUGGAAGAAUAUAUGGAAGAAGUCAAGAUUCCGAAUGUUGAGAAACAAUCUGCACAUCAAGUUUGUUUUCGAAUUCAACGAUCGCUUGUUUUUAUGAGAUUGCAACCGUCAAUUUUUUCGAGUUGUCUUGAUGUGCUUUUACGCAGAAGUUUGUCGAUUGUGAAGGGGGAUUUGAAUUUGAGCGCGUUUGAUGUUCGGUGAGUUGACGUUUUGAGAACUAGACUUCGGGAAACUUCAGAAGGCUUCAUCGGGCUCUUGAAGGCUUCAGAAUGCUUUGGGGGGCUUCAGGAGGCUUCAGAAGAUCUCAGAUAGCUUUAGGAGGCUUCCGAAGGCUUUAAUAGACUUCAGGAGGCUUCAGGAGGCUUCAGAAGGCUUCAGGAGCCUUCAAAAAUUUUCAGAUAGCUUAAAAAGGUUUCAGAAAACUUCAGAAAUUUUCAGAAAGCCAAAAAACAAUUAUAAAAAUCCUAAAGCCCUACAAAGCCCCUUAAAGUCUUCUAAGGUAUCCUAAGCUUCUCCAAAAAAAUGUUUCCAAAAAUUGAAUUAGGCUAACUCAAUUUAAGCUAACAUUUGAAAUUUCUGAAAAUAAGCUAGAUUUCAGUAUCAAAAUCUUUGAGCGCGUCCGGUUGCAACGCGGUUUAGAGAAUAUUUUCUCUCAGACGCGUUGCAACCGCACGCACUCGAAGAUUCUGGUUUUUUCUAGUUUUUGUAGAAUUUGGAUUACUUUCAGAGGGAAAAAACAUUCACAAAACGAGAAUCUUUGAGCGCGUGCGGUUGCAACGCGGCUUGAGAUCAAACACUCAUUUUCAAAUGCAUUUCCAAUAAAAAAUUCUCAAUUCUAGAUUCAUCCACCCACAACUUCCAAAUGGUCAAAAAUUAUUUUUCAACAAAACAUUCUCCAAAGAAAAUGUUAAAGCAAUGGUUAAUGAAUUGGUCGUUGCUGAAAAACAAAAUCCGAAAUUUCAUUUUGAUGAAAAUCUUCAAGUUCAUAUUAUUAUUGCUAAAAAACGUUUUGUGGUAAGUUUCAUUUUUCAUUUUUCAAAAUUCAAAAAAAAAAUAAUAAUAAUAAAAAAAGUAAUUUUGCAGAAAUACGUUUUGGGAGAAACCAACACAUUACUGAAGGCGAUUGCGGUUAUCCUUUACAAUGAUCUUCAAAAAAACGACAAAGUGUUUUCGAUGAAUUUUGUGCAUUUACUUCGAGACGAGAAGCAUCAAGAAUGGGCUGCAUUGUUUUUGUUGAAAACAUAUGAUUUGAUGCACGUCGAGUUCACACUUCAAAGUUUGCCGAUUAUUGCUCAAAAAAUGGCGGAUUAUGAGUUUACUGUUAUGACGAACAAUUCGAGAGUUUAUUUUAAUAAAGGACAAGCUAAAAAAAUUAAUCUUGUUGAAAUUAAUGGAAAAUUUGAUGCGGUUAUUUGA